AUGUCGGGGAUUGCAGCGCUAUUACGGAAAACUGGAGAUUAUGUGAAGACCCAGGAGUUCCGGGAUUACAUAACCAGCACCCACUUCUGGGGUCCUGUGGCCAACUGGGGCCUUCCGUUGGCCGCCUUCAAGGAUAUGAAGGCUCCUCCCGACAUCAUCAGCGGCCGCAUGACGACGGCGCUCAUGUUCUACUCCAUGGCUUUCAUGCGCUUUGCCUACCGGGUCCAGCCUCGAAAUUACCUGCUAAUGGCGUGCCAUUUCACCAACGUGGUGGCCCAGAGCAUGCAGGCCAGCCGUUAUGUGAUGUACCACUACGGUGGUGGGGUCAAGGCCAGAAACCCUCCAACCAAAUAA